UAUAUCGAUGUUUGCUGGGAUGUUUUACGACCAGUAUUGGUUAACACGACGUGUCAUAUGUCGUAUGAGGAUGUGCCACGUCAUAUUAUUAAUUACAGUUAGUUUAUCUCUGCGGCUUUUUGUAGACUUAGUUGCGGAACAGUAUCAAUCAGUCUGGGAUGAACGGAAGUGAUGGGCAGCAAGGCACUACCCCAUUUCUCAUCAGGAACUGUCAUCAGGGGCUUCGGUAGAGGCUCGAAGGCCCUUGGCAUUCCGACAGCUAAUUUACCGGAAGUUGUGGUCAAUGAUUUACCGAAAGAAUUAAAUACCGGAGUUUAUUACGGCUGGGCUUCCUUGCAUGGGCAAGUUUAUAAAAUGGUCACCAGUAUAGGCUGGAAUCCAUACUACAAGAAUGAGAAAAAUCAAUGGUAUAAGAAAUAAUAUAUUAAAAAAAAUGAAGAAGUUCACCUGCUACAUAAAUUCCAUAAUGACUUUUAUGGUGAAGAGCUCAAAGUGAUAAUUAGUGGAUAUAUACGACCAGAAAGAGAUUUUUCCUCGCUAGAGGAACUGAUUAAAGAGAUAAAGAAUGAUAUUGCGUUUGCAGAGCAAAAAUUAGAAGAACCUGUUUUAAAUAAAUUGAAAGACGAUGAGUUUUUAAUAACUAAUAAACAAACAAAUAAUUAAGAUCUAUGAAAAAUGUCAUUCUUCAUCUAAUAAAUAAAUGUAAUUGUUAUUUUUA